ACCCGGCUGCAGCUUCCCUAGGGCCGCCUCUCGGGAGGCGCAACUUUUGGUGGCCCUCAACAACCCUCCCAGUAUCAACAAUAACAACAUUGACAUUAUAAUUUUUCUGUCUAGUCGUUAGUCCGGAUGAUCCUGUUUCUUUAUACUCCUAGGAUGGGCGCUCUUUAAACCCAAGAUUUAUUACUAAGGUUGCCGUAGCUUCUAUGACACAACAGGAGAGGAAGGAAACCUGCAAGUGCACCACACGUGUCCUGCAAGAAAGCUACAUUUGUUAUACAUUUCCAAUAGGACUUCAUUUGUAAUACAGUACAUAAUAUACUUUCAGGUUAUAACCAUGGAAAUUCAACUAGCGAGUGAACUCCCUCGAGUGAAGGCAAUGGUUGGUGCCCAAGGUUCGUCAAGACCUAGGCUAGUUACUCCAGGAGAGGUGAUAUCCCAAGAUACUAGUUUUAUGAGAGGUCAUGGCACAUAUAUGGAAGAAGGUGUUCAGGUAGCAUCAGUUGCAGGUUAUGUAACUCGAGUAAAUCGUCUCAUAACUGUGACCCCCUUGCGCCAGGUAUAUCAAGGUGCAGUUGGUGAUACAAUUGUUGGACGCAUUACACAAGUCCAGAACAACAGGUGGAAAGUUGAUGUAAAUUCAAGAUUGGAUGCAGAGCUCAGACUGUCAAAUAUUCACUUACCAGGAGGAGAACAGCGACGAAGCAAUUUGGAGGAUGAGCGUGGCAUGCGAGGGCUGCUGAAAAAUGGUGACUUGGUUUGUGUGGAAGUUCAAAAGAUUACUGAUGAUGGAUUACUAAGACUUGCUGCUCGAUCUACCAAGUUUGGAAAGCUGUCCCAAGGCACCUUGUUGGCUGUGUCACCGUCACUUAUUGUGCAGGAUAAGCAGAGGAUGCACGACCUUCCGUGUGGUGCACGAGUUGUCUUUGGAGCAAAUGGUUAUGUAUACAUAACACCAAUAAUUCCCCAGGAACAAUCCUCAUCCUACACAGUGAACUUUGAAGAGGUCCCUGUUGACAUUCGGAAAACAAUUGGACGUUUACGCAACUGUAUUAAACUUUUGGCGCAUCAUUCUAUUAUGAUCUCCCCAACAAGUGUUAUGGCAGCUUUUGAUCUCUCCACCGAACAAGAAUAUGAGGUGAAGGACUUGUUAAAGCCAAAUAUAAUGCAGCAUAUAGCCAUGACAACAGUACAGAUGAUGAAUGAGUAAUAAGUUCACUUAAUUAAAAACAACAACAAUAAUAAUAAUAAUAAUGUACGUAUUUGUAUACAAUGUCAUUAUUUAAUCAGACAUGUUUAUUUUUGUACUUAUAUAAAAUGUCAACAUAUUCUCUGCUUGACACACUGUUACUUUCUUUUUCAAGAAUCUGACCUUUUUGAGUUUAGCUUCUAGUUUGAUUAUAUUCAUCAGCAAUGGUGUUCUGCAAGGCCCUCGACAGGUGUCCUCUGGCCUUUUUUUUUUUGUUAUAUAUUGUAAGCUGUAGCUCAGUGGUAGACCACUCAGCUAUACAUCAAAUUCCAUCAUUAUUCUGGAUAUCCACUACUCACGCUUGAAAUUGUGCAGAUCUUUCUUCAUUGGCUUCUCUAAAUAACAAGUGUUCAUGGGAUAGUAAGUUAUAAAACUGUUACAAAUUUAAGUUCCCAUUUAUUUAUACUUUCAUUUUUAGCACUUAGUUCUGAUUGUAAUAAUAUUCUUUCAUUUUAUUCUGUUCAUGAGGAGGUCAUAUAGUGCCUGGGGAAUGAAGGCAUUCAGGUUCAGUCUAAGGGGAGUUUAAGUUCCUUUCCUUGGAUCAAAGGCCUCUCACUGGUACUAUUUAUUCAUAGGUCCUCAGACAUUUAAGCUAUACCUUCAACCUGCUUAAGUGCCAGAAGUCUACUUUGUUUGUAUUGUAAUGGGAGGGGGAUCAUAUAGUACCUGGAGAAUGGGAACCAUUCAGAUUCAAUCCAAGGGAAGAAUAAGUCCAGUUCCUUGAAUGGAGAGCCCUUUCACCAGCAUCAAGGCAUCUCCCUUGAGAGGGUGGGGUUAAUCACAAGUCUGCAGAUUUGUAAUACAAUUGAAAACCAUUUUUAGCACUUUUUUGAUUAUAAUAAUAAUAAUUGAAAAUCAUUUUGCAAGUUCUGUCUAGCCACUGGCAGCUUCUUCAUCUUAUAUAUAAAAAGUAAAAGGACACAAGUGCAACUAAUGUGA